CCCACACAACGAAACCGAACCCGAUUCGACUCGGAAAUUCGCGAAUACACCAAGCAAACGAAGCGCCACACCGGCACAUGGCAUUGUUGUAAUCUCGGGAGUCUGCAUUUUCACUUUCACUUCGACUUCGGCCAGCGCCGGGUACGAACGUGCUUUUCCGACCUGCGGACUUUUCACGGCUUUAUCCGCUGGUGUUGGUCGAGUUUUUCCAAUUGCCAAAAUCGGAACGGGCGCGCGCAAAAAACGAACACGUGAGCGUAGAAUUUUUCUGGCGGUCGAAAGUGAAAGUUUUCAGUCUUUCGUGAGUGAUUUGCAUAUCGGUCCGGGUGCGUUGUCCUGUUACUAGAGUGCUGUUUUGAAUGAUGUUAUUGUUUCAUUUCGGCAACACAAAAUAAAUCAAACCCAACCAGCUACUGUUGUGAAGUCCUUUGGAUUGAGGUACCCUCGUUAACCGUUGGAGAGCUUCCAAAAUAAACGUGUCUGAUAGCACAAGUUUCUGAUUGUGACAAAGUGUCCCCUCUGUGCAGGUUCUCCUGGUGCGAAAGGAAUCGAGAGGUACCUACCGAUGGGAAACACUUGACGGGAUAAGCCGAGAUUGUUUUUUGUCGCCAAGCUGUUUUAUAUUUGUGUCAUUCGUUAAGUGGACUCGUUCCACAUAAAAACAGAACAAAAGGAAUCUCUGUGCUGGAACAAACAUCGAAGAACUUGUGGCCCUUCUAUUUGUGGUAAACAAUUCGCCAAACAAGUUGCAUCUCGGUGGAUACAGUAUCGAACAUAAUUGUAUACACCGGUGGUGAACUUAAUGUGAACAACUUCUGGCUUACCCAAAAGAAGAUCGUCUUUAGUUUCAUAUGUCAUCGUUCGAGGCAUUGUCCUUUGAAGCUAAUGGGAAAACUUCAGGAUGAUGUAUGCCGUUUUGGUGACCAUGACUAUGCGGACCAUGAUAAAGAAGACUCACCGCCAAGCUCAGAACGAUUAUUGGCCACGUUUACGAUCCCAUCUUGAUUUAUCGAGCAGCAAUUCGUCUAGCAACUUCCGAAGCAGCUGUCAGCAACACCACACACAAAUGAGACGGAAAAUGUGUUAUAUUAUCUCUUCCAUCGCCCAUGCCUCGUCAUCCGUUACAAUUUGGGGGUGAUCAUUGACGACUACUUAUAGGCCAACUGGAAGUCGAACAAUUACUCAUCCUGCCCCUCCCCACCGAAUAUAUCGUUCCGCGCCGUCAUUCACUGGAAUUUUCGGAUGGAAACCAAUUUAAUUAACUGUUCUACCAGCAUCGGAUCGCACCAGAACAAUUGGACCUGCUUCGUCGUGCACUAUGAGCCGGAAUCGAUGGCAUCUCCAUCGCUGUCUACGACGACCACGUUGGCCAACCUCAGCCAGUCACAGUUUGACGAACUGGAAGCGGAAGUGGAAGUGGACUACGACGACCCGCUGGUAAUCGACCCUGCCUACGAACUACGAUACGGGCUGGUUGGGACGGUUUUGCUAAGCGUGGCCUAUGCUCUGAUAUUCAUCGUCGGACUGCUGGGCAACAUCUCGGUGGUGAUUGUCGUGAAGAAAAGCACCAUGAUGCGAUCUCCGACCAAUCGCUUCAUCGUCAAUCUGGCGUACGCUGAUUUAUUGGUCAAUUUCCUCUGUCUGCCGUUCACGCUCAUUGGCAACAUCUAUCCGGCUUGGAUCCUUGGGGUGUUCUUCUGCAAGACCGUAUCCUAUCUUCAGGGCGUUUCGGUGUCGGCAUCGGUCAACACGCUGAUGGCCAUCUCGAUUGAGCGCUGCGUGGCCAUUUCGUUCCCUAUCUCCGGUACCAUCACCACCAGACAGUACCGGGUGAUUGUUACCGUCAUCUGGAUGAUAGCGCUGGGUAUCAAUCUUCCGUGGUUGUUCGUUUUUACGUUGAAACCGAUAGGCAUUCCGGGCAGUUUGGCGCAGAUUUGCACCGAACUAUGGCCUUCCCCGGCAUCGGAGAGCUGGUACUUUCUGUUUGCCAAUCUUUUCCUGUGCUACCUGGGACCCCUCAUUGUGAUUUCGAUUUGCUAUGUCAUCAUCUGGAAAAAUGUCGCCUAUCGGAAGCUCCCACGUGACCUGAUUAUCAGCCGGAAAAACGAAGUCUACAAUCGAAGCAAGGUGAAGGUCAUCAAAAUGGUAUUCGUUGUAAUCAUCACUUUCGCCAUCUCGUGGCUUCCGUUGUACACUAUUUUCUGCUUCGUCAAGUUUGCUGGCGAUCUGAUAUACGAUGAGUCAGAUUAUCUCUCGACAGUUCAAGCCAUCAUCUUUGGAAUCCUGCCAGUAGCGCAAUGGCUGGGAGCGGCCAACUCGUGCAUCAAUCCCAUCCUGUAUGCAUUUAUGAAUAGGAAAUUUAGGGCCGGUUUCCGGCAUUUGUUCCGGUCCUGUUGCAACAACGAAGACGAUGACUGGGACCAGCCGACAACGGUGCUACGAAGUGACGAAACACGUGAUCUGGUGCUCCGGCGGAUACGAACCGAGAGGCAUUUUGUCCGAAAUGGAACCAGAAACGGCCUCGGGCCACCGCACUGUAACUCUCUUCGGUACAGUCGUUCAACGAAGGUAUCAAUCCAGUCCCAUCUAGUCGAUUGAGCAUACAAUCGUUUCGAUUUUUGCCAACUUCCCUUAGAGUUUUAUCACCUAGCUGUUAUUCCGUUUGCAUUAUAGAAGAUGGACGGAAGUAAAUCGUAAGAGAACAAUACACUCAGUACAAAAAAAAACGUUAAACGUAAUGGAAAAUACAUACUUGGGUCAGAAUAUUCCGCGGGGUCAAUGGAAGCAAGCGGUAAAAAUCAGUAAAAACGUUUCAGAAAUAACAUCACAUAAAGUUUUAAACUAGCAGAAAGAAUGUUAACGGCACCCAAUAAAACCGAAAAUCUAUUUUCGUACGUAUUUUGUGAUAUUUAGCUCAAAGUGCAGAAUAUUUAUGAACGUUCUCCAUUUUAAAAUAAAUUCAACUCCAAGGAUUCCGA